CGCAUACUUCAGCCAAAAGGAACGGUUUCUUUCUCUCUCUUCUUUUCUCCAUUAUAUAUUUUUGAGUCUGCCUCGUUAUCUCUCUCUAUCUUGGUCAUUUAGAGAACCAUUCUUAUUUUCUCCCCUUUUAACUAGAAUAAUUAGUAACAAACCGAAAUGCAGACGAUAAAGUGUGUCGUAGUUGGAGAUGGUGCUGUGGGAAAAACCUGUCUUUUGAUAUCGUACACCACAAACAAAUUUCCUUCUGAAUAUGUGCCUACGGUCUUUGACAACUACGCAGUAACGGUGAUGAUUGGUGAUGAGCCGUACACUUUGGGACUGUUCGAUACAGCAGGCCAAGAGGAUUAUGACCGACUCCGCCCGCUGUCAUACCCACAAACCGACGUCUUUCUGGUCUGCUUCUCGGUCACGUCCCCUGCGUCGUUCGAAAACGUCAAAGAAAAGUGGUUUCCUGAAGUCCACCACCAUUGCCCUGGCGUCCCGUGCCUAAUUGUCGGUACACAGAUCGAUUUGCGCGAUGAUCCCAGUGUCACCGAAAAACUGGCUCGGCAGAAACAACGGCCUAUCAGCUUUGAUGCCGGUGAGCGACUUGCACGAGAGUUGGGCGCUGUCAAGUACGUCGAGUGCUCGGCCCUGACGCAGAAGGGAUUGAAGAACGUAUUUGAUGAGGCUAUCGUGGCAGCGUUGGAGCCGCCUGUCAAGAAAAAAUCGAAAAAGUGCACGAUUUUGUAGACAAAACGAAACGAAACGAAACGAAAUGAUAAAAAAAGACACACACAAACUCACGCACGAUUCACACACGGCAAGCACGUACGCGUUUCUUCUUCUUGUUCUUCUUGCCCAGAUAACGUGUUGAAGGACUAUUUCUCUCUUCUAUUUCAAACCACCACACGCGCACACACAACAUCUACUUUUGUAUUCUAUCCAAGUUUCUAAUCUCUCGCUCUCUCUCGCUCUCUCUCUCUCUCUCGACCAUCGCUCUUUAUAUCGUCUAGCUAGCCUUUUCCUCUCUCUUUUUCUUCUUCUUCUUCUUUACCCAUCUUCUUUCUUCUUUUUUUCGCCAACUCCUUUCUUCUCUCUCUCUCUCUUCAUUUAUACUCUUUACUUCAAUAUUUUCUCUGUCUCUUUUUUAGUUUCGAAAUAAGAAGGCAAGAAUUUUCUCUAUCCAUCUUUCCACAAAA